GUAGACGAAAAACCCCAUUACCGAAACACCAAAAAAUAUGUGAGUGAUAAUAGUGAUAAGUAGUUAAUGACUAUAUGAAAAUGUUAGCUUGUGUGUGCCAGCCCACGGAGACGGCAUUGUUGUUCAAAGGCGGACCACCGGUGGCUAUGGGACCACUCGGCUCUAGCAAGAUUAGGAACCAAGCUUCAGCGAUGAAGGGCCUACAACUGAACCCUAAGGAAGCCCGGAGGCUAAGCGAGGACUCCUCGCACCCGUCAUCCCCAACAGAAAUACAUUCGACCGGGAGCCUAUUAAAUCUUAGAAAAAUAGAAAAGAAAGCAAAAUCAACGAAGAUCCUUGUUAACCCAGUCUGCUCUGAUAGCGUCGGAACAAGCGACGAUAGUAACCCAACGAAAACCAAAAAGUGGAAUGGGAAGAAAAAGCGACUAAAGUCAGAUGAGAAACUUAAGCCCGAUUCAAAAUACUCCACGGUGGAUUCAAUAAAACGUGUCGCCGCUAAAGAAGAUAAAACAUCAAUAUCCUGCUUCAAAAUUAAAUGUUCAGAUGACAAAUCCCGUUCCGACGAUGACAAAAAGUCGGGAAGAGAGAACUGCAGUAAUGAAAACGCUAGCAAUCUGAUUAGUGCUGAGAGACCUGACCUCAUUAAUCAUUCUAGGAAGAACAGCCGAGAGAUAUUGGUGGAUGAAGGCACGAUGACUGACGAGUCCACUUUGAGGGGCGAUCAGCAAGUGAAAGGAAAGACUGAUAUUGUAGCGGUUAAAGAUUACAAGGUGAGUGGAGUAGACGUAGACACAAACAACACUACUUUCUUAUUUAUUAUAAUUACACUAUGA